AUGUCUCCAAUUCUCAAAAUUAUUCAACAAUUUUCAGGUUCAAUACCAUCUUCGAUUUCUAAUCUGGUUUCACUUGACAAGAUUUAUCUUACAAGAAAUAAUCUCUCUGGUUCGAUCCCACUCGAUAUUCGUACACUAAAAAACCUUACCUACAUAGAUUUGUCAUACAAUCGUAUAACCGGAAGCAUACCAGAUUCCAUAGGUAGUAAACUCUUCAAAUUACAAGCAUUAUUUCUCAACCACAACAAACUCACUGGACCCAUACCAAAUUCUAUAGUUGAACUCCCUGAGUUGCAGGAUUUACAUUUGGACCAUAACAGGAUUACUGGAAUUAUACCAAAAUCUGUAGGUAAACUCUCUGUGUUGCAAGAUUUACAUCUGGACCAUAACCAAAUUGCUGGAAUCAUACCAAAAUCUGUAGGUCUACUCUCCAAAUUGCGGAAUAUAUACCUUGACCAUAAUAAACUCACAGGACCUAUUCCUUCUUCCAUAUGUGACCUUAUUUCAUUAGAGGUUUUAAAUUUCAGUUACAAUAAAUUGACCGGUAUGUUACCUUAUUGCAUAGGCAAUCUUACCAAGAUUCAAAGAAUUGUGUUAGAGAACAAUAUGAUUACAGGAAAGUUGCCACCAAGUAUGGGGCAUCUAACUGCAUUGUAUGAUAUCUUGUUCUCUAAUAACCGGUUUCUCGGUCAAAUACCUUUAAGUUUUGGCAAUCUCAGACUAACAUCUCUGCAACUGUCUAAUAAUCAUCUCAUUGGCCCUCUACCUACUCAGCUGAGGCAGGGAUCAAAGGGGAGUUGCCACAAUCAAUUUCUACCCCCAUAUAUCUUAGUCACCUCGAUUUAUCAGAGUAUCUUAACUUAUCCAGUAACAGAUUUUACUCCACAAUUCCGAAGGAGGUCACAAAUCUUCCUAUCCUCUCGAACCCUUGAUCUUCACUCAAACAACUUCUCUGGUUAUUUAGGAGAAAUUUUUAAUAGAGCAGACAAAUACUUCUACCUCGACGUGUCUAGCAAUAUGUUUACAGGUCCGCUUGAUGAAGACAUAGGUAAUAAGCCGGCAAUUGCUCGCAUACUUUCCUUGAAACUGUCCAAGAACCCACUAGAAGGAACCAUACCAAAAUCGUUUGGGAACCUGAUAAGCCUGGAAGUGUUAGAGAUGUCAAGUAAUAGACUUUCAGGAAGUAUUCCGAAGGAGGUUUUGAAUUUGGAGUUCUUGCAAGUGUUUAAUGUCUCAAAUAAUCAACUGAGUGGAAGAACACCUCAACACAACACAAGCUUUCCGGCUUCUGCAUUUUCGGGUAAUCCUGGCCUGUGUGGUGCUCCGCUCCCUCCUUGUAAACGUCGUUUCUACCUGUAA